AUGUUCCUUUUAUAGAUGAUAUUAAUAAUUUUGUGCAAAAAAAGUUUGAAUUCAGUUAUGUUUAAUCUGGAAGGAUUUUAUCUUUAACAUAUCUAGCUUUUCUAGCUUUUGGUAUUACUGUAAUAUAUAAAGUCAAUAUGUGGAAAAAAUGGGCCAGAGACGAUUUUUUAUACAUCUUUUUUUCAAUCGCAAAUUUUCUCUUUGGAUAUACGAAUCUAGGUUACUAAUUGGUUUUCAAUCAUCUCUUUGAUUAAAUUAGAAAUAUCAUAAUUUCUCUAUUGUUGUGUCUUAAUACCAUCUAUUUAGUAUUUAGUACAAUAAAGAGUUUUAGGAACCGUAUUUGGAAUUCUAGGAAUAUUUACUAAUUCUUCAAUGGCAUUAUUUUCAAUUUUAGCUGGUUACAUUUUAGAGAAGGUAAUAUAAAAUAAGAGGAAUAUUUAACAGCUGGAUUCUUUUGUAGUGGAGUUUCAGUAUUUAUUUUUGCACUUUAUUUUUUUUGUUUAAUAAAGUUCAACUAUUUUAGAUUUUGUAAUCUUGAAGUUCCAUCUGAAUAGGAAGAAGCAAUUUUAACAAAUAUACAAAUAAUAAAAUAAUAAAUAAUUAGAGAUUUUUGAGACAUUGAUGAUGAUUUAUUAAAAAUAGAAGGAGAAAAAAAUUAUGAUGAUGAUGAAAAUGAAAAAAAUUAUUAGAAGAAUUUAGAUUUUUGUUUUCAAGCAAAUGAUUUUCAAUAUGAAAAAUAGCAAGAUAAUAAAGCAAUCUAAGAAAGAAGAGGAUCUUCAUAUAGUUAAUUAAAAUAAUAAAAUAUGA